CUCUCUCUGACGGCCAUGGCCCACCUCCAGCUCACGCCGCUCGCCGGCGCCGGCGCCGGCGCCGACGAGAUGGAGGAGGUCGCGCUGCUCGGCAGCGGCGGCGGCUGGGAGGGGGAGGGGGAGGGGGAAGGGGAGGAGGGGUUGCGGCGGGUGCAGGUGCGGGUCACGGGCAUGACGUGCUCCGCCUGCACCGGCGCCGUGGAGGCCGCCGUCUCGGCGCGGCGGGGCGUGGCCGGGGUCGCCGUCUCGCUGCUGCAGAGCCGCGCCCGCGUCGUCUUCGACCCCGCGCUCGCCAAGGAAGAAGACAUCAUAGAAGCAAUAGAAGAUGCUGGAUUUGAGGCAGAACUGCUCCCGGACUCUUCUGUUUCUCAGCCUAAAUCACAGAGCACUCUAUCUGGUCAAUUUAGGAUAGGGGGGAUGACUUGCGCUGCAUGUGUGAAUUCUGUUGAGGGUAUCUUGAAGAAAUUGCCUGGUGUAAAAAGAGCUGUUGUUGCAUUAGCGACCUCAUUAGGGGAAGUUGAGUACGAUCCUUCUGUCAUCAGCAAAGACGAAAUUGUUCAGGCUAUUGAGGAUGCUGGUUUUGAAGCUGCAUUCUUACAAAGUAGUGAGCAAGACAAGGUUUUACUAGGCUUAACAGGAUUGCAUACUGAGAUAGAUGUAGAUAUACUUCAUGAUAUCUUCAACAGAAUGGAAGGCUUGCGUCAGUUCAGUGUAAAUUUGGCACUCUCAGAAGCUGAAAUUAUAUUUGAUCCAGAAGUUGUUGGUUUGAGAUUAAUUGUGGAUACCAUCAAGAUGGAAAGCAAUGGCAGACUGAAAGCCCAUGUACAGAAUCCAUACAUACGCGCUGCUUCAAAUGAUGCACAGGAGGCCUCCAAAAUGCUCCGUCUUCUCCGCUCUAGCUUAUUCCUAAGUAUUCCUGUAUUUUUUAUGCGCAUGGUAUGCCCUCGCAUACACUUCAUGCGUUCACUCCUACUCAUGCACUGUGGACCAUUUCACAUAGGAGACUUGUUGAAGUGGAUACUGGUGAGCAUAAUACAGUUUGGUGUUGGCAAACGAUUCUACGUUGCAGCCUAUAGGGCUCUGAGACACGGAUCUACAAAUAUGGAUGUACUAGUUGUUCUUGGCACCACUGCAUCAUAUGUCUACUCUGUAUGUGCGCUUCUUUAUGGGGCAUUCACGGGAUUUCAUCCUCCAAUAUAUUUUGAGACAAGUGCCAUGAUUAUCACAUUUGUGCUAUUUGGGAAGUACCUUGAGUUGCUUGCUAAAGGCAGAACAUCAGAUGCUAUUAAGAAGCUCGUAGAGCUGGUCCCUGCUACUGCACUUUUGCUUCUAAAAGACAAAGAAGGAAAAUAUGCCGCGGAGAAGGAGAUUGAUGCAUCCUUAAUCCAACCUGGAGAUGUCUUGAAAGUGCUCCCAGGUUCCAAGGUACCUGCUGAUGGUAUUGUUGUUUGGGGUACAAGUCAUGUUGAUGAGAGUAUGGUAACCGGUGAAUCUGCACCUAUCUCCAAGGAAAUAUCCAGUAUAGUAAUUGGAGGCACAAUGAACUUACAUGGAAUCCUCCACAUACAAGCAACUAAAGUAGGAUCAGGGACAGUCUUGAGCCAGAUAAUCUCUCUUGUUGAAACUGCUCAGAUGUCCAAGGCUCCUAUUCAGAAGUUUGCUGAUUAUGUGGCUGGUAUUUUUGUUCCGAUUGUUGUCACCUUGUCCUUGGUUACCUUCAUUGCAUGGUUUCUGUGCGGAUCAUUGGGAGCAUACCCAAAUUCGUGGGUUGCAGAAACAAGCAAUUGCUUUGUCUUCUCUCUCAUGUUUUCCAUCUCUGUUGUGGUGAUUGCUUGUCCAUGCGCUCUUGGUCUGGCAACACCAACUGCUGUUAUGGUAGCAACUGGAGUUGGGGCUAAUCAUGGGGUACUUGUAAAGGGUGGAGAUGCACUGGAGAGGGCUCAGAACGUGAAAUAUGUUAUAUUCGAUAAAACCGGGACACUGACACAAGGAAAGGCUACCGUAACAUCGACAAAGAUAUUCUCAGGAAUUGAUCUUGGAGACUUCCUCACUUUGGUAGCAUCUGCAGAGGCAAGCAGUGAACAUCCACUUGCAAAAGCUAUAUUGGAUUACGCUUUUCAUUUCCAUUUCUUUGGUAAACUCCCAUCAUCAAAAGAGGACAUCAAGAAAAGAAAACAAGAGAUAUUUUCUCAGUGGCUUCUGGAAGUAGCAGACUUUUCUGCCUUGCCUGGCAAAGGGGUUCAAUGUUUAAUCAAUGGAAAGAAAAUCUUGGUUGGCAAUCGUACGUUGAUAACUGAAAAUGGAAUAAACAUUCCUGAAGAAGCUGAAAAUUUCUUGGUAGACCUUGAACUGAAUGCAAAAACCGGAGUUCUUGUAGCAUAUGACAGCAAACUCAUUGGCUUAAUGGGGAUGACUGAUCCCUUAAAAAGGGAGGCUGUUGUAGUUGUAGAAGGCCUAAAAAGGAUGGGCAUCUAUCCAGUAAUGGUUACAGGGGACAACUGGAGGACUGCACGAGCAGUUGCAAAGGAGGUUGGCAUUGAGGAUGUUAGAGCUGAGGUUAUGCCUGCAGGAAAAGCGGACGUCAUACGCUCUCUCCAGAAGGAUGGGAGUGUUGUCGCAAUGGUUGGGGAUGGCAUCAAUGACUCCCCGGCCCUAGCAGCAGCUGAUGUUGGAAUGGCCAUUGGUGCGGGAACCGACAUUGCCAUUGAGGCAGCGGACUAUGUGCUGGUGCGGAACAACCUUGAAGAUGUCAUCACAGCAAUUGACCUUUCAAGGAAGACAUUCAGCCGAAUCCGAUGGAACUACUUCUUCGCCAUGGCAUACAACAUCAUCGCUAUCCCAGUUGCUGCCGGGGCACUCUUCCCGUUCACCGGUCUCCAAAUGCCACCUUGGCUGGCUGGCGCUUGCAUGGCAUUCUCAUCUGUUAGUGUAGUAUGUUCCUCUCUGUGGUUGAGGAGAUACAGAAAACCAAGGCUCACAACUCUGUUACAAAUAACUAUAGAGUGAUCGUUUUGCCUCCCCCUUCUCUUUGUUUACUUUAUUCUUAAAAGAAAUGAGAGUGGUGCCUAUCUGUGGAUGUACACGAAUACGAUACAUUUUUACCCCUAAUUCCUGUAUAUAUGGUAAAGCUAUGUUGCCACUGAAGAUUUGCGCAGGAUGUUGACUCAAGUAUAUAGUAAUGAACUAUAAAA